AUGUCUAAUCCUAAACUCUUCCCACUCCCCACCUUCGACUAUCUUGGUAUCCAGCAGCCGCCCACGGAUGGUGUCGACGCGAUCAAGAUUGUUCGGGAAUGGUUCUCUUCCUUCACCCAGCAUGUCAGCUCCAACAAUGUCGACGGUGUUACUAGCCUGUUCGCUCGCGAGUCCUACUGGCGCGAUAUGCUAGCACUCACUUGGGAUUUCCGAACGUUCAUCGGUCGAGAUAAGAUCCAGCAAUUUCUUACCGAUCGAUUGGAUUUAUCCCAGCUCGAUGCUCUGAAACUUAGAGAGGAUGCGUUUCUGAGAUUACAACGUCCCGGUCCUGAUCUAGCAUGGAUCCAAUUCAUGUUCGACUUUAAAGUCGGCAAAGUAGGAGUGGGAAUGGGGAUAGGACGAUUGAUACCUCAAUCGGAUGGCUCUUGGAAGUGUCACUGCAUGUUCACGAACCUCGAAGGAUUGCAGGACUUUCCAGAACAGAUUGGUCCACGGCGUAAUGAUCAACCCAGCCACGGUAUAUGGACGAAGAAGAGGGAAAAGGAAGUCGCUUUUGAAGAUCGAGAACCGGCCGUAUUGAUCAUGGGAGGGGGACAAGCCGGAUUGGAAAUCGGUGCUCGUUUGAAAGCCCUGGGAGUGGACAAUCUGAUUGUUGAGAAAAAUGCCAAAGUUGGUGAUAACUGGAGGAAUCGAUACGAGGCGUUGUGUCUUCAUGAUCCGGUCUGGUAUGACCACAUGCCCUAUCUCCCUUUCCCGCCCACUUGGCCGGUUUACAGUCCAUCUGUGAAACUUGCCGGCUGGCUUGAGGGGUAUGCCGAAGCCAUGGAAUUGAACCUCUGGACGUCAUCGACUGUGACUAACGCAUCUCUCAACGAACAGACCAAGGAAUGGAAAAUCACUAUACAAUUCGCAGACGGAAAGGAGCGCGUGUUCAAUCACGUCAAACACUUUGUCUUUUGCACUGGUCUCGCGGCUGGUGUACCCAACAUGCCUUCUUAUCCCGGAAUGGACCAAUUCAAAGGGCAAAUCAUUCAUUCGUUUGACCAUAAAAGCGCUGCAGACCAUGCUGGGAAGAAGGUUGUCGUCAUUGGUGCUUGCACUUCAGCACACGAUAUCGCUGCUGACUUCUGUCUUAACGGGGUUGAUGUAACAAUGUACCAGCGUAGUUCAACCUAUAUCAUGAGCACUAAAAAUGGUUGGAAAGUACUCUUUGAAGAUCUCUAUACCGAAAAUGCUCCACCGACGGACCUUGCGGAUAGACUUAACGCAUCGUUCCCUAAUGAAUUCUUACAUUCCGGAUUAGCGCAGCGGCAGGUCAAAGCAAUAGCCGAGCUCGAUAAACCACUCUUAGACGGUCUCGCAAAACGUGGGUUCAGAACAAACUGGGGUCUGGAUGGCUCUGGGUUUGGGCGACUUGCCUGGGCGAGAGCAGGAGGGUAUUAUUUGGAUACUGGAGCAAGCCAAAUGAUCAUCGAUGGGAAGAUUAAACUCAAGAGCGACAGUAAACUGGAACGCUUCACAGAGACUGGACUUCGGUUCGAGGACGGGAGUGAGUUGCCUGCGGAUGUCGUUUUGUUUGCUACUGGGUUUGGUGACGUUCGGACGUACAUCCGCAAGAUCUGUGGGGAAGAAGUUGGUAACAGGUGCAAACCGAUAUGGGGCUUAGACGGAGAGGGAGAACUUCACGGGACAUUCAAGGAUUUGGGUGUGCCGGGGUUGUGGUAUAUCAUGGGUAAUCUUGCACUUCAUCGGUUCCAUACGAAGCACGUUGCACUUCAGAUCAGAGCCAUGGAGGGAGGCGUAUUUGGGACACGGUAUUCACCGGAUCCGUGA